GCCCCGCCCAGUGCUCCUGUCUGCCGCCUGCCUCCUCCCCCUCCAUAGGGCUCCUGGUUCUUCUUCCCGGGGACCGCGCCUCAUCUAUUCAGCGGAAGGGUGGUCGAGACCAAAUCGUGGAGGGGGGGUGUUCCGCAGUCGAGCUGUCCUAAUUAGCGCACACACAGCUGUCAUAGGAAAGGAGCGCUAGGAUGGCAGCGGGGAGAGCCGCCUCUUACUCGUCUCCAUCCUCCAGCUUCAAUGCUGGCUAUGGGAACAGCCACAGCGGGGCGGCGGCCAGUGAGGAUGAAGAUGGACAGAACCUGUGGUCCUCCAUACUGAGUGAAGUUUCCACUAGGUCCCGUUCUAAGUUACCCUCUGGAAAGAACGUGCUGGUGCUUGGUGAAGAUGGAGCUGGCAAGACAAGUUUGAUAGGAAAGCUGCAGGGAAUAGAAGAGUACAAGAAAGGAAGAGGAAUGGAAUAUCUUUACAUUAAUGUCCAUGAUGAAGACAGAGAUGAUCAAACCAGAUGUAAUGUGUGGAUUUUGGAUGGUGAUCUUUAUCACAAGGGCCUGCUGAAGUUUGCCAUGGAUGUCGGUAGUGUCAGGGACACGUUGGUUAUGUUGGUGGUAGAUAUGUCGCGGCCUUGGUUGGCCUUGGAUUCACUUCAGAAGUGGGCCAGCGUUAUCCGUGAACACAUAGAUAAAUUAAAAAUCCCACCUGAAGAAAUGAGGGAGAUUGAAGAGAAAAUGGUUAGAAACUUCCAAGAAUAUGUAGAGCCUGGAGAUGACUUCCCUGCCUCGCCGCAGAGGAGGGGUACAUCCUCACAAGAGGAACGGGAUGACAGUGUGAUUCUGCCUUUGGGAGAAGACACCCUAACGCAUAACCUUGGCAUUCCUGUAGUAGUAGUUUGUACAAAGUGUGAUGCCAUCAGUAUUUUGGAAAAAGAACAUGAUUAUACAGAUGAGCACUUUGACUUUAUUCAGUCCCAUAUCCGGAAGUUUUGUUUACAGUAUGGUGCCGCACUAAUGUACACAUCAAUCAAAGAGAGCAAAAAUAUUGACAUUGUAUAUAAGUAUAUUGUUCAGCACUUAUAUGGAUUUCAUUUCAAUAUGCCUGCUGUGGUUGUGGAAAAGGAUGCAGUAUUUAUUCCUGCAGGAUGGGAUAAUGAGAAGAAGAUAGGAAUUUUACAUGAAAACUUUCAAACACUAAAACUAGAGGAUGCUUUUGAAGAUGUAAUCACGAAACCACCUGUGCGAAAGUUUGUGCAUGAGAAGGAGAUUGUAGCAGAAGAUGAUCAGGUAUUUCUUAUGAAGCAGCAGUCACAGUUGGCAAAACAACCACCAUCUUCAGCAGGACGACCAGAUGCGUCUCCAAGAGUGCCUGGUGGGUCUCCUAGGACACCCAGCAGAUCAGGAUCAUCUAACGUUACCAGUGUGUCGCCUGUCCCUGCUGGCACAAAGAAAAUUGAUCCCAACAUGAAAGCUGGAACAACAAGUGAGGGAGUUCUUGCUAAUUUCUUUAACAGCUUACUAAGCAAGAAAACUGGGUCCCCUGGGCCUGGGGGUACAGGCAGCCCUACAGUCAAUUCUGGAGGCAACAGCCUGCCAACAUCUGCCAAAAAAACAGGCCAAAAGCCAGUGUUAACAGACGUCCAAGCUGAACUGGAUAGAAUCUCUCGUAAACCUGAUCUUGUCUCCCCCACAUCGCCUACAUCCCCUACAGAAAAUGAAGCAUCUUGAAGGCUGGAGUUUCAUCUUUGGAGUUGUGUAAAACAGCCUCUGCCUUUUCCUUUCUCAGUGAUUGUGGAACCGCAGAGACAGAAACACUUUUUUUUUUUUUUUCCUUCAAAGUAAAGACACAAUGUUUUGAUAUGUUUAUCCCAAUUUACAAAAAAAUACCUUCGGGAUAAUGAAUAUUACUGGACUACUGUGGUUUUUUUUUUUUUUUUUAUGGCACAGAUCUACAUUUUUUUUUUUUCUUAUUUUACAUAUGUAAUUAUUAUUAUUCUCUUUUGUUUAAGCCACUGUUUGGUAAACAAUUCAGUUACUUUGAAUUAUGUAAAGAGAAAAAUAUAGAUGAGUAAAAAUUGCAAUCCCAUGUUGGGCUCCCAGUUUCAAAUACAAGCAGAACCUUUUUGAAAGCGGUAAAGUUUUUUGUGUCGCACAAAUAGAAGGGAAGAAGUUGAGUAUGUAUCCAGAAUUAGUCAAACAGGGGUAGUUUAAAAGUAGUGCAUGAAUUACACUCCUGUCUUGAUCUAGGGUGCCAGCCUGUGCAGAUUCUGUAGUUAGUCUGUCAUCGGGGCUGAUAAGGGUUCUGGGUAGAUGGAUCAGGACUGUUCUGGCGGUGCACCUUGGGCACACUAAUGAGAGUGUAACAUGAUAUACUCACCAUCUUUAUUGGGGAGUUCUACUUUUACGACAAUGAACAGAUUUUUGAUCUUGCAAUGAAAACUGGCAUUACUGAAUGUUGCUGCUGUGCUCACCGAUACAAUAACCUACGGUAUGGGGAGUUUUUAAUAUCAGAUUAUUGCAAGCACUGAAACGAUCAUGUUGUAUAAUUUAAAACAAAGGCAGAGAUUAGAGUCGGUGUGUUGUGUUAAACUAAUGUCUCCAGAUAUGUUUGUCUGACAUGUACAGAUCUGCACUAGCCGCUGUUUUCACUGGUUUACAAUGAUGGUUCAAACAGUCCUGUCUUCUACAAUCAAGUUAAUAAAGUUGUAUUUAUUCUCUGCAUAGAA